UGAAUGGAUGGAGCAGUUGUGGCAAAGACCGUGGCGCACAGCAGCUGAGCGGAGAGAGAGGAGGGCGCAUGAAAAACGGGCUUGCAGAGACCAGAGUCAUUACGAUCACUCUCCGGCGGCACGGGCGCACCGCAGACACAUUACAGGGUAACUGAUGGUUGCAAGUAUAAAGAAUGGAAAAACGAAUAGGACUAAUAAAAACACCUGAGGAUCGUGGCAAAAGGAGGGAAGAGUGACUGGCUCCCUAUGGAGGAGAGUGCAGAGAGGGUGAGCUCCUUCUCCUUCGAUUGGUACCAAGAUACAAGUUGGAUGCAUGCCGAGGAAAUGUGGAUUUUUGGAGACUGUAUGUUUCAAUUUGUCACUUCAAUAGUUGGAAUUUUUCAAUUUUUUCAAUCUUCGGAUUUGUUGGGUGAUUUUCAUGCCAACUGAAGACGUCCUGAUCCUCUUCAUGCACAUAGUGCAGCGCACCGAGUCUACAAUUUAACAACUUGAAACAAAAUAAUAAUUAAACCAAACUGCGCCUCAUGCAACUCGUAUAUUUCGCUGCCAAGUGUCAUUUCGGUGGACUACAAAAAUAGAUGUUGAAUGUUUUUGAAAGUGGAGCGGACGUUUUGCUGCGUCCGCACAAAUUGGCACGCAAACUAAACUCAAAGAGAAAAAAAAAGAGCUCGCAUGUGGAUUACAGCGACAUGUCACCAUAAACGGAAGAUCAGCAACAUUUAUGUGCUUUCCCACAUGUGACGAAACAGACCUGUAAGCUGCACAUCCGUUUUUUAAAAAGGGACUCCUGAGACUUUUGAAGCUUUUGCAGCCAGAAUGAUUUUGGCUAAGCACUCAGGUGGAAACGUUUGUUUGAGACUGUUCCAUGGACUGACAGGAAGCUGCAUUGAAAUAAAUAAAUGAAAAGCAACACCUACAGCUGGGGCGCAUCAGCGUCGAUACAUGCACCAAUAUUAUCACGCAGACACGCCUCGAGGAUCAUUAAACAAAUCAGAUAAACGCAGCGCAAAAAAACAUCAAUAGAUGUUAUUGAUGAGGAGGUAUAUAAGGGUAAUGAUUGGCCGAGCCUCUGUUUACUCAACAGCUCGGCAACGAUAUUGUGUGAAACUUUCGCUGAGGGCUCUACAAAAGAGGCAUACAGUAAGAGUAGAAAAAAGAACGGUAUUUCAUAUAUAAGUUUUUGUUGCUUUAUAUUUUUUCAUAAAGUGCGGAUUUGAAGACAAACAGCUCCUACUCCUCAAACUAGAAUGUCUGCUGUCUGUGCUGCUGCUGCAGGAAUUUCCGAACCAGACAUUUUUGGGAGGCAUAUCUCUGAAGGGACUAUUUUGAAAUAUUUAUAGCAGCUCUUGUGCAAGGAUGGUGGUUGUGAUAAGGAGCCUAUGGAUGACCCAGUCCGUGGGAGAGCUGGUGCCGAGACAGUUGACCUCCCCACCAGCUACACCGUCUGCUUAAAACUCCUCCCCAGAGAGGCGCAGCUGCUGCGGGCUGGGGAUGUGAUGGGGUGACUGUUGACACCCCCCUCACCCACCCCCUCUCUCACUUUAUUAGCAGUGUGAAAUAGAAACAAUGGAUCAGAAUUUCUCAACAGUUCGAGAUGGCAAGCACCUUCUGGCGCAGAGAGAUAGAGACUCAUCUAAACGCGUGUUGACAGGAUGCUUCCUCUCCCUCCUCAUCUUCACCACACUGCUAGGCAACACACUUGUAUGUGUUGCCGUUACCAAAUUCCGACACCUGAGGUCCAAGGUCACCAACCUUUUUGUCAUCUCACUGGCCAUCUCUGACCUUCUGGUGGCUGUCUUGGUAAUGCCAUGGAAGGCAGCGAUGGAGAUCAUGGGGUUCUGGCCGUUCGGCGCAUUCUGCAAUGUGUGGGUGGCGUUUGACAUCAUGUGCUCCACUGCCUCCAUCUUAAACUUGUGUGUCAUUAGUGUUGACCGUUACUGGGCCAUCUCGAGCCCAUUCCGUUAUGAACGCAAGAUGACCCCAAAAGUGGCGUGUCUGAUGAUGAGCGUGGCCUGGACUCUGUCCAUCCUCAUCUCCUUUAUUCCUGUCCAGCUUGACUGGCACAAAGCUCAGACCACCACCUACGCAGACUUAAAUGGAACUCUUCCUGAAGAUCUGCCCCCUGACAACUGCGACUUUAGCCUUAACAGGACCUAUGCCAUCUCCUCCUCCCUUAUCAGCUUCUACAUUCCCGUGGCUAUUAUGCUUGUCAUCUACACCCGCAUCUACCGCAUCGCCCAGAAACAGAUCAGGAGAAUAUCUGCACUGGAGCGGGCGGCUGAGAGUGCCAAAAACCGUCACAGCAGCAUGGGGAAUAGUUCCAACAUGGAGAGCGAGAGUUCGUUCAAAAUGUCGUUUAAGCGAGAAACCAAAGUCUUAAAGACACUCUCAGUCAUCAUGGGAGUGUUUGUGUGCUGCUGGUUGCCCUUCUUUGUCCUCAACUGCAUAAUUCCUUUCUGUGAGGUGCCAGAAGAUUCCACUGAAUUCCCCUGCAUAAGCUCCACCAUAUUUGAUGUGUUUGUGUGGUUCGGCUGGGCAAACUCCUCGCUCAACCCCAUCAUUUAUGCCUUCAAUGCCGACUUCCGCAAGGCCUUCUCCAUCCUCCUGGGCUGCCACAGGCUCUGCCCAGGGAGCAAUGCCAUCGAGAUUGUCAGUAUUAACAACAACAUGGGUGCCCCUACCUCAAACCCCAACAGUCAGUAUCAGCCCAGGAGUCACAUCCCUAAGGAGGGAAACCAUUCAGCCAGCUAUGUGAUCCCCCACAGCAUCCUGUCCCAGGAGGAGGAGUUACAGAAGAAGGAUGGAUGUGGAGGGGAGAUCGAGGUGGGGAUGGCAAACAAUGUGCUGGAGAAAGUCUCCCCAGCCAUCUCUGGGAAUUUAGACAGCGACACAGAGGUCACACUGGAAAAGAUCAAUCCCAUCACACAGAAUGGACAGCAUAAAGCCGUGACAUGUUAAGGAAAGGCAAAGUUGGAUCUGAGGCAUGUAUGUGCGCACAAAGGGAAGAAAAGCUUACACAGGACAGCUAAGGGAAACAGAGAGACAUCAAAGAACAUGCCUGACAGAAAAACAGUGAGUGGGGAUAUACAGGACCUUUAGACUGUCAACAAAAACCUACAGAAUGUUUCAAAGUAAAGGCACUUUAUCCUGGAUAUAACUAUCUGCAAAAUACAUUCAGCAUUUAUUGAUGAAAUUGACCCAUUUGAUGAUAAAUGUUGAUAAUACAAAAACAAAAGCAGAACACUAGUUAUGUGCAUAUGUAUACAUUUUUCAUAUGUACAAAGAUGUAUACAUCCGCAUGUGUGUAUUGUACAGUACUGACACAAUCCUGGGGGGACUUUAACACAGUAUGUGAAGGAAGAUGUAGUUACUAUUAGCAAAAUGUCUUGUAAGUAGGUGCUUUAUAUGUGUUUUAAUGGAUGAGGGAGCAGUGUGGGUAAAAUGGUUUUGGUACAGUUUGAUCAGUUUAUUGCAGUUAUUUCUCUAUAAUACAUUUGAAUGAAGUCAAUUUCAAAAUCAAAACACCUGUAUUGCUGUGGUAAUUUGAGUUGCUUCAGACACCAAAGUACCAAUAUUCUGAUUCCAAGACCCCACAAGCUCAAAGGUCCAACCAAUUUCUUGAGUGUGAAAGAGAAAGAUAAGGACAGAAAAAAGUCACUUGUAUGGUCUACUUCCCCCAGCAUCCUGUUCUCAACCGGCCCCAGUCAUGCCCACCUGGGGAAUGAUCAGGCUAGCUCACCUGAAGUUUCCACCAUUCCCUCUCCUUACUCCCAGUUUUCAUUAGCUUUGUCUCCCUUCUCCCCCUCUGCUUUUCAGCAAAGCCUCUCUUGGGCCGUGCUAUCUGCUCUUCUUUUCCUUCAGACAGCAAGUCCCUUCCUCCCUCACUGCCCCUAUUUCUCGUCUGUUGUCCACCUCCUCACUCAACUCUCCUACUCACCAUUCCCUCAGUCAGCAAGGUCAUUUACACUUGUACUAUACCUUCCCUUUUAUCUUUAUUUUUCAGUCUGCCUCUUCUUCAUAUUUUCCCCUUUGGCAUCCCUCCAUUUCAAGUCCUUACUCAGAUCACUUAAAGCGACACUAAUGAUUCUAUUUUUGGCAGAUGCUGCCAGUCUGUACUUGAAAAAGGAAUUUAAAUCUGUGAACUUACACUCCCACUAUUGGACAGAGGAGGCACAACUACAGCAGAGUUCACUCAGCCACAAUGCAAGUGACACUUAGUGACCUUUUGAAAAGUCGCAGAUAUCUGAUUUAGUAAAUUGCUCAUGCUGGGAGCCAUGCCGUGCUGUAGUAAGCAAUGUGAAGCAUGCAGUGUGACAACCACUGUGUUUGCAGGGCUGGAGCCCAAGACAAAACCAACAUAGUGAGAGUAACAUGCAAGAUAUUGAACACUUAAUAUUUCCAAGUUUUAUGCUUGUGUUUUGUUCUUAGGAUAAUAUUGGCCAGUGUUUCCUUAUGGGUCAAUUACCGAUGAUGGUGAAUUCUAAAAUAUUUUUUAACAAUAGUAGUUGGAAAUUGACUUUCAUAAGCUUCUACCAAAAUGUAUUUUUAUUACUUUGCAUACCAGAACCAAACUGGCUGGAGCAGCAAACCGAUUGGGGCGCGAACUUGAGAAACUGUCUAUUUCAUUGUUUAGGAAUUCAACUUUUCUAUUGCUAGAUUACAAGUGGAUUAAGUUCUUUCAAAAGUAACAUAAUCCGGCUUUAAAACUACUGUCAGUAACUUUUAUUUGGUGUCGAUCUUGGCGACCCCAAAAAGUAGGGCUGGUAUUGUCUUCCUGUAUGUUAAAGUAGUAUUUACUAUAAAAAAAAACAUAAUUAUCUUGCUGUUUUUCAUCAGUCACUACUUACCGGGAAUCUUUGCCAUUAAAAAUUGUAAACAAAGCCUGUUUUGGCAGCAUGCUGUAACUUGCUCAUCUGACACUGUCCCGCUGGCAGAAACAGGUGUUGGAAAAUAUUUUAUAGACAUAGUAAAUCUAGUUGCUGAUUGACUUGUUUGCUUUUGAAGGUCAUAUAAAGCCAUCAGUAUUAAUCCCAGUCUGUUUCAUAACAAGCUUAAAACUCCCAACAGUAACUUUAAAUUAUCUUUUUUUUGUAGCUGUACUCAGCAAAUCAUCCACAGGAGAAAGAACUGAAAAAUAUGAGCUUAUGAUUUAUUUUCCCACCUAAAUGAUAAAAAAUGUAAUGUCAAACAGAUUUGUGGAUUGCUGUGCUGCUUUAGUAAGCUGAAUCCGUUUGAACUGUACUUUUUUUUUUUUUUAGAGUUUGAAUAAAUGCAAAGUGUAUGGGUGGCACACAUUAUCACCACAUCCAGACAUAAUUAGCUGUCUGGUCAAAUCCUGUAUAUAUCUGCCAUGUUUGGUGUUGCUGAGGAAACUUGCUGUGCAGCAUGCUUCCUGACAACACUUCCACUGUGUGCUGUGUGUCUAUGUAGGCGUGAAACUGUUGCACAUCAGGGAAAGCAAGAGCUAAUCCAAUAGAAAGCAAUUGGUCUUGAAUGAAGCAUUUGAUUUUCCUGCUCUGGAAAAUCCAAUUCUAUCUAGAUGGCAACAAAGGGGUGGAAAGCUUUUAGCUCAAUACAUGGCUCAGCUUGUGACACAGUGGCAACCCAUUGUCUAUUUUCCUCCCUGUCCUCGGCUGGGUGCACCCAUAUUUAAAAUAGACAUUUAUGAAUGGGAAUUGUCUGUCUUAUUGUAAUACAAAAAUAUACUUUUUAUCCCCAAUAACCUAUAAAUACCAUGACUUCCUUAACUUUAAGUCCUGUGUCUUUUCAGAUUUUUUAAACUAAAGUAUCAUUGCUGGAGAAAUUCUCAUCUGUACCAGCUAAAUGGUCCUCCUUUUUUUUACACUCAUUCCUCUUGAUUUCACCAUAUUAUUUCAAACACAAGCUGGCUCAAACAUGCAACAAAUACAUGUUGUGCACAUAAUCUGUCCGGACUGGACAUGGACGGGAAAUGCCUUGGGGAAGAUGUGCCUCUCCCACCAUCCAUUCCCCUUUUCUCACCCCCUCACCCUCCUAUCUCCUUUUUCUCCAUCUCUUUCUCUUUUCUCUUGGCUGCCUCUGUCGACUUGAUGAGCAUCCUCGAUGUUGGCACAGACUGAAUUUAUUAUUGAACAGACAGGGCGUAAUGUUUCCCUUCUACAGUUUGACUCCAGAUGCUCUUAAUCAAAGCCCCACCUGGAAGUUUUAUAAUUAUAACUAUAAGUAUAUUGAUAUUCUUGCUGUUGCCAAAAUAAAAUGUUUGGCUUAAUGUGGUUGUUCUGUAGGUUAUGCUGUGAUUCUACCAGUGUUUUAUAAGCUGAAUUUCAGGGGUUAGUCUUCAUGAUCUAGAGAUUAAUCUGCCAUUUGUUGAGACAUGAUUGGCAUUUACAAGUUUGUCACAUGUGUUCUCAUAUAUUCUACAUCAAUAGAAGCAUACCUCCAGCUGAAAGUUGAAAUCUCUGCAGUAUUGUGGCUCCCUGUAACCCCCCCUGAGCCCUCACCUUGUCAACUAGGUGAGUCAUCCCUCUCCAGAUGCCACUGCUUUGGUUUUUAAGAGGAGGGAGGGCUAUGUUGGCCAACAGUUCCACAAGCGAAAUGUUUAGUUUGAUCUGGAGCGUUCCCUCCAGGCUGCACAUGUUGCUUUGGGGAGCAGUAGUGACAGAACACGGACUCUCAGUCAGUGUAGUUACAUGACGUAUGACAACUUAAGCAAAUUUGACAGUGCAGCAUCACUCCUCUUCCACUGACGGCCAAACGAGGGACUCAAGGGAUGUUUCAACUCAUAUAAGCUGUCCAAAACAGAUAAUAACAGAGUCCCUACCUCAACAUCAACUUCAUGUAAAAAAUAUAAUAGCAGUAUUUCGGAAGGAAUUGAGGGAUAGAGUAUUGUACAAUGAUGUUCAAAAUGUAGUUGUGAUGAACACAAGUGCUUUUUAUCUUCAAAAAAAAUCCUUAAAGUGUGAAGCAAAUUUACUGUAUGUUUUUUUCUUCUCCAGUGGGGGAUUUUAAUUUGCAGUACCAGUCGCUGACUAUUUAUAUAUUUAUCUAUAUGUUUCUGGUGUUCAUUCAUGAAAGUGAUGUCAAAGAUUAUACACCCCUUGGAAUAAAUACAGUAUUUAGUUUACAGUUUGUAAAA